UUCGGCAGAAACUUUGAGCAAUUCGUCUGUACGAAUAAGAUAUCAUUUCUUACGUAUCCUUAUUGACUUGCUUCCACAAACCACCAAGCAACCCGAUUCUUCUUACACAUCAGCUGCGAUGGCUACUGUUCGCAAAGUAAACUUUCUCAGCCAUGGCAUCACCGUAGUCGGUGACCUAUACCUACCCUCCCCAAACGCACCAGACCGCAAAAAUGCCGCCCUUAUCGUCGGCCACCCCGGUACAUCUAUCAAGGAACAAGCGUCUGGAUUGUAUGCCAGAAAGCUAGCCGAACAUGGCUUCAUUACUCUCGCGUACGACGCAGCAUUUCAAGGCGAGAGCGGAGGCGAGCCGCGUUACCUAGAAGAUCCGUACCAACAAGUCGAGGACCUUAAGAGCGCCGUAACAUUCCUCUCAACUCUUGACGGCGAUGUUGAUCCCGAAAGGAUUGGAGUCGUUGGGAUCUGCUCCUCAGGAGGCUACGCGGUCUUCGCUUCACAGACUGAUGUGCGUAUGAAGGCCGUGGCGACUGUAGGCGGCGUCUGCUUGGGUGCUAUGCAUCGCAACGGUUUGAAAGACGACUCCGGCAACAUCAACCCGGAAACGCUGCAUCAGCGCCUGAGUUUUGCAGCACAAGAACGCAUCUCAGAAGCCAAGGGAGGAAAGCCUACUACAUUCAGCACGCUGGACGUUUUCGAGGAGGCAAAGUCAUACUAUUCAACUCCCCGCGGGUACCAUCCCAAAUGCAACAAUUUGCAACUUGUGAGGAGCUUCGAAAAGCUGUCUACAUAUGAUUCCUUUGCUUUCAUCGAAUGGAUCUCCCCGCGACCGUUGUUGAUGAUCAUGGGAAGUUUGGCAGACACGGGUAAUGGAGGCCCAGCCGAUACCGGCUGUUACAGCAAAGACGCUAUCGAGAAGGCCAGGGAACCGAAGGAGCUUUUCGUCAUUGAAGGCAAAGAACAUCUCGAUUUGUAUGCUGAUACUGAGGAAAGUGUUCCAAAGCUAGCUGGUUUCAUGGCGAAGGCGCUGUGUACUUAGAGGCCGUUCGAUGUGUGCCAAUACCUGGGUACAUCCAGUUCGCGUUAGCAACAGGGCGCCUUACAUACGGCGAGCUUAUGCGAGAUAGGGUUUCCCAGCUUGGACACAGAUGCAAUCCGACACUCUAGGCAGCAGCC